CUCACACUUUCCGCUACAACACUCAAGGCACACAACCACUAGGAUAACGGCACCUCCACUACCCGCCCGCUCAAAAUGCUCCAACAAAUUGGGGGUAUCGCGGGUAUCGCUAAGCCGCGCGCAGUUGCAUACAAGCGAGCCGUAGCCACAUCGGCAAUGCCUGUUCGGCCCUUCAAAGCGGCCGUUGCAGGGGCAUGCGCAUCCCUGCUGCUCUUUGGGCAGCCUGUAAGCGCAGCGGGCAUCGGGUCUUCUGGCCUGCUGCCGCAGGGCAUGGAGACCCCGUCAACUGUUGUAGACGUGACGAAGAGCAAGCUGGGCGCGGCUGACGAGGUGCCGGCAGAGCAGCAGACCGAGAAGCUGCAGGCUGAGCUGACUCAGGAGGAGAUGGAGCAGUGGAAGAAGGUGAAGGAGCAGCUGAAGCAGCUGGAAUGCUUGACCGUCUUGUUGAUUGUCAUCUUGUUUAUCGGCUACUGGGCACUGAUCUACCGUGUCAAGCUCAUCUUCCGUGUCUAAAGGCGCAGCUCGCCAGCGCCCUGCCGCGGAUGCUACCAUGUCUGGGUGUUUCGGCUGCGGACUAGCGACGUGCACGCGGCAGACCCUCAUCGGCGCUGUGCCCGUUUCUCAGGCAGCCGACGCUGCGAACGACGCGGCCAAGGCGAUGCUGGACUCGGCAGAGAUUUGCCUGCUCCCCUUGGGCUUUUGAGGAGGAUGACGAUGAUGGCCGGGUCUGUCAGCGUGCUGCUCCCAUGUUCGUGCUGCUAGGUUAGUAGUGUUGCCGUUGGCGCAACAGCUGCAUCAAGACCCUGGUGUGGACGGCACCCCAAAGGGCAACUUGUGCUGCGGUGCGUGUGGGUUCGCUCACGUGGGAUCAGCGGCCUCUGCUGCAAACAUGGCAGCCUGUUGCUUUUGGCACGAAGGCUGUGACGAGGCCCUGGUGUGUACAGCGCCCAGAAGAUACCCAGGCAACCCAGGCUGGGGCGCGUGUGGGCUGGUGUUGGAUGAGACGAGCAGGCUCUGUUGCUAGCAGGUAGCCUGUCGCUGUUGGCGUAAAUGUUGCAUGGAGACCCGGAGACCCUCGCGUACCCAUAAGGUAACUCAGGCCGGGGCGUUUGUGGGGUAGUGUAAUAUGCUGUAACAUGGGACAAGAGGCGGAAGACAUAGGGAUGUGGUUACGGUAAUGUGACGCAUGCAUGCAAGUGGGCCUGCUCAGAAGCAGGGGAGAGGGUGUGCUCCGCCAUUCGAGUGCUCCGCCCAUGGGUCGGCAGCGAUGACUAAACUGCAGAAGUGGCCUUUCGGCCCCUUCCAAACCAAAGCGAAGAUGGAUACAAGCAGAAGACGCUUUACUCUUAACGUUAC